GUUGCCUUUUGUUUCCCGUCAUUCCUUGCGGUAGAUCAUCUGCACCAGUGAAGAUGGCGGACAAACCAGUACCAGUGAUUGAGAAGCGCCUGAUGGAGGUGAAACUGGGGGAGCUGGGAACUUGGGUCGGAGGCCGAGACUUCUCCCCGAAGGGCAUCUACCGCGCCUGCGGCCGAGGCGUUGACGCCUGGUACAACAAGUACAUCAACGUAAGGAAAGGAGGCUUUGCAGGCAUAGCCAUGUUUCUAACGGGCUACGUGGUCAUCGGCUACAUUUUUAACUACAGCCACCUCAAACACCAACGCUGGAGGAAGUACCACUAACUCUGUGCAGCAGCCAUCACACCARCAGGAUGGAUCUCUCAGCUCUGUUGUUAAUGUGACUGUUGUGAACAAUAAUAAUAAAAAAGAAAUCCAUGUA